AUGAACAAUCGCUCAUCGAAUAACCCUGCAGACCCGAGACUCUUGAUCUCAAUCUCUGUCUUUGCUAUCGUCGGAGGCACCCUUCUCCUUUCAAGCCUUGUGGGCUUCUCUGAUCCCCCUUUGUUCUGCUCCGAUUCCAUAUCAGAUGAAUUCGUUCCAUCAUCCACCACACCAUUGCAGCUAGAUGCCAUCCUCCAUUAUGCCACGGCUCAAGUCGUCCCACAACAAUCCAAACCCGAGAUCAUGGUCUCGUUUGACGUCCUCCAAACCAUUUCCCCGUGUAACUUUCUUGUAUUCGGGCUCAGUCAUGACUCCCUCAUGUGGGCUUCGUUUAACCCAAAUGGCAAAACGUUAUUCCUCGAAGAAGACCCCACAUGGGUCAGAAGUGUCAUGCAAAUCACACCGGAACUCAACGUGGCUAUCGUGAAAUACCAGACGAAGCUUGCAGAUGCGGACAAGCUCCUACGGUUGUAUAAAUCCGAACCGGAAUGUGCUCCAUCUAAAGGUUAUAUCAAGGGCAAUACAAAGUGCAAGUUGGCAAUCUCAGGUUUUCCAGAAGAGGUGUUUGAUAAUGAGUGGGAUAUGAUAAUGAUUGAUGCACCAAGGGGUUAUUUUGAUGAUGCCCCCGGGAGAAUGGGGGCGAUUUACUCCGCUGCCGUGAUGGCCAGGAAUAGGAAAAAACCAGGUGUGACCCACGUGUUUUUGCAUGACGUGGAUCGGAAGGUGGAGAAAGCUUACGCAGAAGAGUUUUUGUGCCGGAAGUAUUUGAAGAAGGCUGUUGGAAGAUUGUGGCAUUUUGAGAUUCCACCAGCUGCGAAUGUAACCAACCGCGAUGCCAAGUUUUGUUAG